AUGCAGCAGUCGGGGCAGAAAGAGGUGCUUCUGCAGCAGCUACUGCAGAGAUGUGCUGCAGCAGCAGCUGGGGUCGAAAGAGGUGCUGCAGCAUCAAUGCAGAGAGAAGUGCUGCAGCAGCUAGGGCAGAGAGAGGUGAUAGAGCAGCCAUGGCAGAGAGAGGUUCUGCAGAAGCCAGAACAUAUUGCUGGAGAUACCCUGAUUGAUAUAAGUGGUGGUCACUGUCUAUUUCAACUGUUUCCAGUCUGCCAGUACUUUAAAGAGAUUAUAAUUCUAGAAUGUAAAGACCAAUGUAUUGAUGAACUGAGAAAAUGGAAGAGUAAAGAUCCAGGUGCCCAUGAUUGGUCUUAUGCCGCAAAGUAUGUGGUGGAGCUCGGAGAUAAGAGUGAAAGCUAUCAGGAUUUAGAAGAUAUGACACAACGGAAAUUGAAACGCAUUGAGAUGUGUAACCUUGCCAAGGAAAACCCUACAUCUCCUACAGAGCUACCAAAGGCAGACUGCGUCAUCUCUGUGCGGCUUCUGGAAGCUAUUAGUGAGGACCUCAACGCGUUCUGCAGAAACCUGAAAAAUAUGUCAUCUCUACUCAAAGUUGGGGGGCACUUAAUAUUGAUUGCAGAUGUCAACACUUCUUUUUUUGCGGUGGGGAAUGAUAAGUACUUUAUGUUAUGCUAUGAUGAUGGCUUUUUAAGAAAAGCUCUAGCUGAUGAAGGGUAUUUGAUUAAAUGUUAUGAAGCCGUAAAAAGUGAAAUACCCUCUGAUGUGUCUGACAUAAAAAAAACUGUGUUUGUUGUUGCCCAAAAACAGUGAGGUGCAAUAAUUAUCAAAAUUAUUGGAGGGUCUACACCAGGCAUGUCAAACUCAAAAUCCCAACUGGGCCAAUACUCAAGUUCUAAGUCUUGUGUGGGCCGCAAGAAAAAGAAAAAGACAUAUAUGCAAUUUUGAAAGGUUUAUUAGAAAAACCAACAAUAAAGUAUAAUCAAAGAGAUGAUAAAUAUCAGGAAGAAAAUAACUUUAAUAGUGUGAACUGGGAGCUGUGUUAUUCCCACUCAUAUAUCACUGUGCGGUCCCCUGUCAUAUAUAAUACAUAUCAGUGUCAGCUAGUAAAAUGUGUCACUUCCAGCCCCCUCUGUCCCUUCAGUCCAGCUACAUGCCCCCUGGUAUCCCCUUGCUCCCUGUGUCCCCUCCAGCCAAAAGCCCUCUGUGCCUCCUGUGCCAGCCCCCUCCAAUUUACUUUCUUCGUUGAGAGACAUUUUUCGAUCCAGAAGAAGCUCCUGAAAGUAGGGCAGCUUGGUACACAGGGCAAUCGGACAAACACACGCACAAAGCGUGAUGGCUUCAGUGCUAAUGGUGCUGAGCAGGCGGGAUGUGGUGGGGGGCAGAUCUCUACAAAGACAGCACAGCAGCUCCCCCCGUGGACAUUCUUUUUAUCUCUAUCACUAUCUUCUUGCGCAUGUCCAGAAAAGUGAAUGCUGCCUGAUCGGAGCUUAGCUCCAAUCACGGCAGAUGGGCCAAUAGUAACUCAUCCGGCAGGGGCAGGCCGCAUUCCUUUUUUUUUUUUUUAAAGUAAACUUCGGCAGCAAAAGUAUACAUUGUGGGCCGCAUGCGGCCCUCGGGCCACGAGUUUGACAUGUCUGGUCAACACCAUUCAGGAAUGGGUGCAAUUUAUUACAUCUAAAGUGCUUCCAUUUGGUUAGGAAUAACUUUCAUUUUUUGGUUUCCCAAUGUAAAUUUUAGUUGUUUGUCUUGGUAUUAUAGUGAAAUUAGAGGUCUAUUUAGUAAAUUUCAGGAAAGACUUCUCUCCAGCAUUUUAGCCAGGGAAAGACUAAAAUAGGGAAACAUAAUGUAUUUAUAUUUAGUACUGAGAAAAGUGCACAUUCCUGCAGCUCCUUGGGCUGUGCACAAACGCUAUUUUUGCAGCUGAGAGGAGUGAUGCUUCUUGCUGGGACAGGGCCUUUCCACAUCGACUGUCCCAGCAGGAGAUUUUAAUUCAUUCAAGAUCCAGCUAUGUGAAAUUGCUGGUCUUUCUGGGUGCCGGUUGUUAAAAUCUGCAGCUAUGACACAGAAACCUCAUUCUCCAGACAUCAAAAUGACCUCUCUCCUCUUUUGUCAAAGCCAUCUUCAGUUACUUGUAACAAAAAAAGUGUUGUAACUUUUGAACCAUAACUGCUAUUUCAAAUCUGUUUGCAGCAAUAAACU